AGGGACUUAUUUUUUUUUUCUACUGUCUUUUCUUUCCAUUUGUGCUGGGUAUUGAGACGAGGCGCCCGCCAUGGUGCUUAACUCUGUCAUUUCGAAGCUCUCCGGUAAGCUGGUAGUGCUGGCCAGUGCUUCUCCCAGGAGGCUGGAGAUUCUCCGCAAUGUGGGUUUGCAGUUUGAGGUCAUACCAUCCUGGUUCAAAGAAACACUUGACAAGCGACUUUUCAAAGCACCUUACGAGUACGCUGUUCAAACGGCCAAACACAAGGCCCUGGAGGUGGCCCGGAGGAUGCCCGUUAAACACCUGAAGACUCCAGACAUGGUAAUAGCAGCCGAUACGAUUGUGACUAUAAAUGGCUUAAUUCUGGAGAAACCAGUGGACAAGGACGACGCUUACAGGAUGCUGUCGCUGUUGAGUGGUAAAGAGCACAGCGUGUUUACCGGUGUAGCAAUUGUCUUCUGCCACGAGAAAGACAGGGAAGAGGUCGAUUACCAGAUAGUUGACUUUUAUGAAGAAACAAAGGUGAAGUUUGCUGAUCUGUCUGAAGAUAUGCUUUGGGAGUACAUCAACAGUGGUGAACCUAUGGACAAGGCUGGCGGUUAUGGUAUUCAGGCACUUGGCGGUAUGCUGGUAGAAUAUGUCCAUGGAGACUUCUUCAAUGUUGUUGGAUUCCCCCUCAACCACUUCUGCAAGCAGCUGGACCUGAUUUACAACCACAGUCCUUCGUCCUCGAGUCAGGAAAAUGCUUCUGCCAGUCUGAGCCACGACCGGACUCAGAUCACCUCUGUAUCCACUCAGUCCUCAUCCAGCCUGCCAGGUCAGACCAACCACAGUCCAGAAUCUUCAGCCAGUCCAAUCCACAAUGUUAAAAGAAAACUCAGUGAAGAGGAAGUGGGUGAGAGUUCAUGGACUUUGGCCAACAGUCGGUUAAAACAAUCAGAUAACCAACCGUCUGAAAAGCAACACUCACCAUUACCACUGCUGAGCAGCAGAGGGCAGCAGACAGAACCAAGUGUAAUGGAUCGUGAACACUGUGAACCAAAGAAGGAGGAUUUACAGCGACUCACUGAACUGAUGGAUGGGUUCAAAGCCUCGAAGGCACUCUUUAUUGCAUCAAAGAUGCACAUGUUUGACGUGCUGCACAGCAGACCGGGGCUGGAUGCAGUGCAGGUUGCCCAGGAGAUUAAAGCCUCUGUGAAGGGGACUGUUACCCUGCUGGAAGCCUGUGUUUCUCUGGGACUGCUGAAGUGCAAAGAGAGAAUGGACCAGAAGGCGGUCUAUCAGAACUCUGACAUGGCUUUCCACUUCUUGAGGUCUGAUGCUCCUCUCUCACUGCAUGGCUUCAUCCAGCACAUUAAUGACACAACGUGGCCUCUUUUCUCACACCUGGACAGUGCCGUGCAUGAGGGAACCAACCAGCACGAUAAGGCUUUCGGCAAGAAAUGUAACAGUUUAUUUCAGGACGCCUACUACAACAACCAGGAAGUCAAACUUAGAUUUAUGAGAGCCAUGCACAGCAUUGCUAAAGUUGCAGGAAACGCUGUGGCAACAGCUUUUGACCUGUCGCGCUAUAACACAGCCUGUGACCUCGGAGGAUGCACUGGCGCCAUGGCCUACGAGUUUACCAAAGCUUAUCCUGGGUUAUCAGUGACAGUGUUUGACUUGCCAGCUGUGGUUGAGAUGAGCGACCAUUUCUGUCCACCGCAUACAGACAACAGGGUCUCGUUUGUGGCGGGAGACUUCUUUAAGGACAAGCUGCCCACUGCAGACUUGUACAUCCUGGCAAGCAUUCUACAUGACUGGCCUGACGACAAAGUGGACAUCUUGCUCAGUAACGUUGCACAGGCAUGCACGCCAGGCUGCGGAGUCUUGCUAAGUGAGAUCUUCCUGGAUGAAGACAGAAGCGGCCCAAGACGCGGACUGCUGCAGGCCCUCAGCAUGAGUGAAGGGAAACAGAGGAGCGCUGCGGAAUACAGUCGGCUCAUGAAGAGUCACGGUUUCACCACAGCACACAUCAAACACACCGACAGCCUGCUGGACACCAUGCUCUGCAUCAGAGUCUGAACCCUGCUGUGCACAGGGUCCUGCGGUACGGUGGCUAAAAUGUGAUGUCACAGAUUAAGACUCGGGUCUGUUUCAUAUUGUUGUUUUUUGUCACUAUCAAGCUGUUUGCAGGGGAUUUAAAAAAAAGUCCGUCAUUUGUACAAAUGAUCUGAAAAUAAAACCUGUUUAAACAUUUAAUGGACCAUAAUUCUGAAGUUUCUGA